AUGUUUGUAGCAUUAUCUGAGUCACUCAAAGAUCUUGGCAUAGAUAUUGAAUAUCGUUUAGUUCUUCCAGCAUUUUCCUCUCUAGCUGAUCCAAAAGGUUUUAUUAGUGAAAAUGUUAUUGAAUUGUUGAGCAAACAAUCCAGGGUUUUUAUUGUUCUUCAAUUAUCUUCAUCAAUGGCUGGUCAUUUGUUUAGACAAGCAAAACAACUGGGGCUUGUUGGGAGAGAUUCAGCAUGGAUAAUUAUAGACUCAUUCUCAAGUCUCUUGGAUUCUGUUAAUCCUUUUGUUAUCUCUUCCAAGGAAGGUGCUCUAGGAAUUAAGAUAUAUUUUACUCAAGAGAGUAAGUCUUUUCUAGACGUUAGGGACCGAUUUCAACAAGUGUUCCAAUUAGAUUACCCUGAGGAAGAUAACUCCGAAAUGACAAUUCAUGCCCUACGAGCAUAUGAUAGCAUUACUACUGUUGCAAAUGCCAUAAACCGAACAGGUAGUAGCAAUAAUGAUUCAACCACAUUGCUGAAAAGUGUCAUGGAUCGUUCGGAUCAGGAGAAGAACAUGACGCACUAUUCGGAUUCAAAUUGA